AAACACUACUUUUUUGUUAGUAUUUUGUUGUGAAUAAUGAAAACAAAAGCAAAUCAUAAUAAAUAUGAAACAAAUAUAUAUUUUUCUAAUAAAAAGGUGUAAAUGUUUUGAACAAAACUAUUAGCGAUAUCUUCGGUCACUAUAGGAAUCGUUAUCUCAUCCGUGGUUUAAGUCAAACACAAUCGCAGCCAUUGUUUCGUAAACUGACGAAAUUGUUUGCCACUAAUAAUGGCAACAAUCAUGUGAUGACUGAAUCAGUUCGGGAACAGAUCGACACUUCGGCCGCUUUGGACUCAUUCCGCACCCAUUGGUCGCAGGCCUUCGAUAUCAUGUCUCGCAAAGUGAUGAACGAUAUCACUGUGGAUGACAUCUCAUCGGUGGUCAAUCAUAUCGACCAAAUGCUGACACUAUUGCUUCAGGAGAACGACUCCAUGUGUUUCGCGUCGCGACCCAAGCCGUUGUCGGCCACAGACUCGGGCGCAAUGAGUCCACUGUUGGAAUAUCUGCUGAUGGAAUCAGUUCUGGAGAAAGUGUUGAGUUGGUCUGAGAUGUGUGGCGAGUGGUACGAAGUGAUGACACUGGAACAGCUCAAGCUCUAUGAAAUGCUCAUCAGUCAGAUCUGCCACAACACCGCACUCUUCCAGCAGCAACUCAUUCGUCCACUUCUGGGCCUUUUGUGCCGAUUUGUGGACAAAACGUGUCAAUUGGAGGUCGAGAAGAGACUCGUCGUACUUCUCAACUCACUAUUCGUGUCUUUGAGUCAAAACCUAAACCUAUUGGAGCUGUUCUUCCUGUCGGAGCCACUGAUCGCUAGUCAUAUGGAGACAAAAUUCCUGAUCUUCUCGUUACUCAUACCAUACGUUCAUAGGGACGGACCCGUCGGACAACAGGCCAGAGAUGCCAUUCUUCUGUGUAUGGCAUUCACGCGACGCAACGAAUUGAUGGGCAAAUUCGUGGCCGAAGAGACCGACUUUUGCCCAGUUUUGGCCACCGGUUUGAGCGGAUUGUAUUCAUCACUACCUCGACGGCUGUUAACUCAUUCAAUAGUAUCGGACGAUUGGCAUCAGAUCACUAAUGAAGACAUUCAGGAGAAUCACGAGCUGGAAGUGUUCUUAAACUCGUUGGAGUUUUGCAACGCUGUCGCACAAAUAGCCCAUCCAUUCAUUCAAAAGCAAUUACUUCAAUACAUAUACAAUGGUUUUCUGGUGCCUGUGAUCGGCCCGGCGUUACAUCAGAGUGUCAAUAAAGAUAAUGUAAUGUUGUUUUCUGUGUCCGUUUGUGUCGCUAUACAUGUAUGCAAUGAACAGGAAGUGGUCGGCGUUCCCAUAAUCCUAUUGGAAAGGUUAUCAAGAUAUUCGAACACAUUGGAGGAGAUAAUAGCGACCACCGCUUACUUUGAUCUCUUCAUUCGCACAAUUUCUGAACCAAAUCUUUUGAAAGUAUUUUUAAAAUUCAUUUGCAUUGAGAAAUACGAAGAGCAGAGGAUUCUGAGCACUUUGAUCACCAGAAUUAGCGCCAAUUCAAAGAUAUUUUCUGUGUCCGUUUGUGUCGCUAUACAUGUAUGCAAUGAACAGGAAGUGGUCGGCGUUCCCAUAAUCCUAUUGGAAAGGUUAUCAAGAUAUUCGAACACAUUGGAGGAGAUAAUAGCGACCACCGCUUACUUUGAUCUCUUCAUUCGCACAAUUUCUGAACCAAAUCUAUUGAAAGUAUUUUUAAAAUUCAUUUGCAUUGAGAAAUACGAAGAGCAGAGGAUUCUGAGCACUUUGAUCACCAGAAUUAGCGCCAAUUCAAAGUUAAGUUUAGUUACUUUGGUUUUGUUUCGUUCUUUAAUGGACUUGAACUGCGAGGACGUGUUAUUGGAAUUGGUUUUGAAAUACUUAACGUCCGGAAAACAUAUAAUCGGUGGUAAACAACACCAAAUGCAGAGAAUAAACGAUUCUAAUUAUCUGAAUGAAUCGGCCCGACAUCUGUUUACUCUGAUCCCAAAGCAUUGUCUGUCAUCGCACUUGAAUUACAUGAACAAAAACGCCAAAUCAGAUGGUUAUGUAUUCCUCGAGAACAACGACUCGUCGUCGCAGAACAGCGCCGACAGCGUUGACCACAACAACAUCUCAACACAAGAACUGCAUUACAUAUUAUUUAAUUAUUUGGAUUAUUUAAGGGAUGCAAACAUUGUUAUAUCGAAGUCCAUUCGCGCCACCCCGAUCUGCGAGAACGAUGUCUAUACGAACCUUCAAUUGACCGGUUUGUUGGCCCGUUUGGCCGCAUAUCCGCAGCCAUUGCUCCGCUCUUAUCUCCUGAACCCAUCGCUCGUCUUCCAGAAAGAUGUCAAGUCUUUGAUAACACUUCUCAACGAAUUACGCAAAAAAUUAGAUCAAUUGUCGGAAGACAUUGAAAAUUUUGAUGAAUUGCUUCGAAAUGCCAGACAUUUUCUGUUCGCUCGUGAGAACAGAAUGUUAAACCGAAAGCAAAGCUUUUUGCCACAAAUUGACAAUAAUUUUCAUUAUAACUCCAGACCUUCUCGUAGUAAUAGUAUUACAAGUUUAGCGUCCAUUAGAUCCGAGAGUGGAACUGAAGUGUUAAAGAAAGGAUUCAAUAGCCUUAAGGAGCGUCUGUUCCGAUCGACUCCAAAAAAUAUGCGUCGAAGCACUUCUAUGUCUGUCCAACCGCUUCCUCCGCCACCAGUUCUCGAAUCCGUCUCUGGAGGACAAGGAUAUAGAUAUUUCAAGCCAUUUGAUUCGCCGGAACAGGCAUUGGAUGCCAACGAAGUCGAAGAAAGGGAAAGGAUCCAGAAGAUAGUCUUAGCGACCAUCGUAUUCGAGGAAUUUGUUCGCGAAUUAUCUGCCAUUUCCUACGAGCACUUUAUUCUCGAGUAUUCGGAUCCGACUUCAGCUCAAAACCAAUCGGAACUCAAAUCGUAAUUAGAGUUCAAACAAAAAACAAAUGAAAACGUUUGCGAAUGGAAACAAAGAAAGCGUUUUUCUGUGCCAAUCAUUAUAUCCUUUAUGUUAUAUAAUUAUCACAAUUUUAUUGUUUAAGUUAUUGUUGUUUUUGCUUCGGAAUGAUAUUCAAAGACUAUAUAUAUUUUGCGCUCAAAUCUUGAAAUACCAUUCAAUUAGUUCGGAAACCGCACGAAAUUUUCAAUAUACAGUACUUUUAUCAUAUUUUUGCAAACGAAUCACAUUAUAAUUCGUUUGUCUUUUUGUUUGUUUUUCGGGGAAAUGUAACGAAAAGGUGAACAAAAUGUGAACAAAACAGAAAACAUAAUUUUUAAAUGUGUUGUCAAAACGUAUCGGUGAUGAAAGUUAUUACAAAUACAAUUUACGUAUAGUUAGCAUUAGUGAACUCAUAGAAAGUAUUAUACUAUUUAAAGCCCUAACUUAUUGUGCAAUUCAUAUACAGA